UAUUAAAUGAGUGAACAGCCUGCCCAAUAUCAAGAGAAAAACCGAACUCAACAGCAAAAGUACUACAAUCAGAGAUCCUCUGACUAUGAUAAUUCCUAUAACAAAUAACCCCAAAAUUUUAAACAGACUUAUUAGUACUAUUAUUUUCUCAUCUUCCUUAGUAAAAACCAGCAUCACGAUAGACAAGGCAAUAUCAACUACUCUCACAAUUAUAACAACUAUAGACAAAACAAUUACAAAUAUCCUCAAAAACAGAGAGACUACUACUAUCAAUCAUAGCCUGAUCCCGUAUCCUAAAAUCAAAAGCCAUUCAAACAAUCUGAAACCGAUAAAAACUCUCAACAAACCAAUAAAGAAUUAUUCCAAUAGACCAAUCAAGAUGCCCAAUUCCAGAAUCAAAUCUAAAUUGGUGGACAAUCCAAUCACAAUCAACAAUUGAAUGACAUUAAACCCCCAACUCAUGUUUCCAAUGAUAAAUAAGAGCAACCAACGCAAUAAAUUAAUGGUCCUCAAUCUUAAGAGUCGGCAUCUAAGGAAAUCUAAAAUCCAUAAUUUAAUGAAAAAGUAUAAACAAUUGCAAAUGUAAAUGUUGAAUCAACUGCUACAAUCUAAAACAAUUAAUAAAUUCUUGGCUUUUCAUAACAAUAAUUGAUUUAAUAAAAAUAAAUACCAUUAUUAGUAUAAUUUUUGAUUCUACCUAAUGACACAACUUCACAACCUUAAUUGAUCCCAUUAACAUUAGUAAUUAUUAAAGUAAUUAUCUAUAGUAAAAUUUAACACAAACAUACGAGUAAUUAAAGUUAUUAAUUUAAAAUGAUGAUUAACAAUAGAGUUGA